GAUUGCAGCUAUACGAACGAAGAUAUGCAUGUCUUUCCUCCGUUCCCUCGUUCCCUCGUUCGGUCGAAUAUCUAUCUCUAACUUUUAUCCUUCGUUCGUUAUUGUUCUCAGGUACUGGUAUUAUUUGUGUAUUAUGCGAAGGAGCAGGGUUCGGUCUAAAGUCCGAGGCAUCUGUUUUCCUGGACGGGUUCCAUCAUGCGUCUCCUGACGCACAACUUGCUCGCCUCUAACGUGAAGGGCGCAAAAACUGGCUUUCCUCUAAAAAUACACGUUUUUGUUCAAGAAGAGCACGAAACGGCUUUCAACAAAGCUUUUCUCCUUGCAACUCUCAGGAAAAUUAACUGGAUAGCAUUUCGCGAAGCUGCGGACAGUUUGGGUGUCCCAAACCUACCAGAGCUACCCCCGGAUCUCGAUAAGUGCGAUGACUCCAUGCUGCGCAAAUAUCACCACGCUCUGAUGGAGGUGCACGUUAAGGAAGGCUACUUGAUAUGCCCUGAUACCGGAAGGCGCUUUCCAAUUACGAAGGGGAUACCAAACAUGCUCCUGAACGAAGAUGAAGUCUGCUAACGACUAGUAACGAUUAUUGCGCUCAUCGGCCUUGCGAAAAUAUCAGAACAAGUACUGGAAUAAUGAUUUGAUAGCAUGCAGAAAUUUUCCAGUCGCGGUCAACGCGACAAAGCUGGGAGUCCUUUUGAAGCUUCAACUUCUUUUUCUUUCAACAUGUCUUCUUGAGACAGCGACGAUGCAAUUGCUUGCCGCAUGUCCAUCAUCCGACUAUUGUGCAUUCCACAAAUGUUAUUCGGAUCCCGCGUUUCCUAUUUAGAGGUGCGCUUAUAACAAGAUUGAGUUGGCAAGAAAGUUGUAACAAACCUUGAUGCUGCCGUCAACCCCGAGCCCAGAAACAGAUAUGUCCCACGACCUUUUAAGAUGUACCUUUGCUUAGGGUGCGAUACGAUGAUAGCGCCGUGUUAACCCUUAAGUUAUCACUGUGAUCGUCGAAGGAGUCAUUCAGGAACGGUCCCUUCCAUGAUGUCACCCAUCUCCACAGUGUCAGAUCUUCUGUGGGCGGCCAACUUGCAAGCGAACGAAGUGACACUAUCAAUGAAGUCAUCGGCUAGAUCAAGCAAGAAGUCUUCAACGGCGGGUUCAAUAUCUUCGCCCGGGGCAGCCUUCAGAAGAAGCUCCUGGUUUUGACAAUCGUAAGUAAAUCAUGUAUAUCGGAAGCCGCAAUCAUGUAUAUCGGAUGCCGCCAGGAAAGCACCUACUCGCAAGCUAUGUCUUGGAAUAGCUUGCACGGCGUCAGUCGCCUCGUGCACUGAGUGAGCCCGCCUUCCAUGAAAAACUUUCUAUGACAAAUAAAGCGUAAAGUACUUUCAUCUUAUGCUAAUUAGCGGUCUUCAU